CCCGAAUGGCUCUCGUUCCUUCUUGGUUUGUAAUUCAAACUCAUCCUCACUGCUCAGGACUUAGUAAUACGUGCUCUAGCCCGAUGCCUGUGUGACAGGACAUCCACUGCGCUGCCCGAAAGAAAAUGAACCAACUGCAGGCUUUGCUGAAUGACAGUCUUCUCAGAACAAAGCAUGUGGAAAACGCAGCUAUCAUCAACAUAAAGGAAAGAAAAGUCUGUGCAUCAACCUUUGGCUUUCAUGUGCCACCAGAGAAUGCUUUAAACCUUAUCCACGCCUUCUACAAGAACUUAUUGCAAGUCAGAAGGGGAGGACUCUACUUCAAGGACAAGUACUAUAAAUGUGUCCGCGCAGAUGAGCAUUCCCUCUAUCUUCAAAAUCCAGAUGGAGGCCUGAUAGCUGUGAAGACAAAGACUUUCAUCCUGCUUGCUACUUACGGAGUGGGCAUGUAUCCCAGUGUGUGCGUGGAAGCUGUGGAAAAACUAGCAGACUACUUUAGAGAGAAAGGUAGCUGAAUCAGCAGAAAACUUCAUCAACCUCAGAAGGACUGCUCAUGAGGAAAUAAAGUACAGAAGUUUGAAGCCUUAUCCAGUUUAAGCAAGAAACUGCCGCCUUACAACAUUCCAACUGCUGCGUUUCCUUCUGUUUUUUCAAGAACACUUGAGGACUCACUGCUCGUAAGAGGACUAGC